UAAACUUUUAUCACGUGUAUGUGUGUACAUGCGAGUGUAUUGCUCGACUGUCAGUGUAAUAGUUGUGUCUGUGUUAAGCAAGUUUAACAAAAUGACAACGAAAAUUAAUUUAACAACCCCGAAUGGCAUAGAACUUGAGUAUUGCUUUGCAAAGGGGAUAUAUUUUAGAGCCUCAACGCUAGAGCACCUGACCGAUGGUGACCUGUCCAAACAAGUUGAAAACGUGCAAAACCUUCCGAUUCGUGAUGACGACGUCUACCUUGUUACGUUUCCAAAGUCAGGAACUCACUGGCUCUGGGAAAUCGUCUGCAUGCUACGAAAGGGCAAAUCUGAGUACGAAAAGGACGUAAAGGAAGUGGCAUUCCUUGACUUCAAGUCCACAGAACAAAUCGAGGCACUUCCGUCUCCUCGUGUCAUCAACUGUCACUAUCCCGUUCAUCUUACUCCGCGAGAGAUAUUCACGAAAGGCAUCAAAAUUAUCCACGUACAAAGGAAUCCAAAGGAUAUAGCCGUUUCGUACUUCAAUCAUAUUUUUAAGUUUAGCAAAAAGCCUUCACCGCUGAAAACGUUCAGCGACUUCCUGCCGUUAAUGCUCGGGUCGUACGGCAUAGAUCUAUAUUACCCUUGGUGCAAAUAUGUAAAGGAGUGGGAAAAGUUUUCCAGAAAACAUCCUGAUCAAAUUCUUAACCUGUACUUUGAAGACGUAAAAGAGAACCCGAUUCGGGAGAUUCGCAAAGUCAACGAGUUUCUUGGAACAAAGUGCAGCGACGAGCUUAUAGCCGAUAUAUCUGAGGCUUGCGAGUUUGAAAAUCUGAAGAAAGCGGACGCUGAAGUGAAAGACAAAAAGGCGUUUUUCAAUCAUGAAGGACCUUCCCCAAUGUAUCGUAAAGGCGAAGUUGGCGAUUGGAAGAACUGGUUCACAGUGAGUGAAAGCGAGCAGAUGGACCGAUGGCUCAGUGACAAUUUAACCGACACCGACUUGAAGUUCAGAUAUGAAUUAUAACGACGAAAUCGAUUUGCAAUGGAUUAAAGCCACACACCUUGAAAUGAAAUACAUGGCAUAGUAAAUUAAAGUAUAAAUAAGAAACAUAUUUUAUCUAUGCCAAUUAGCAUAUAUCUGGUGGUAACAAGGUAGAAAUCCGUCUUUUUUGCGCUUUACAACUUAAAAAUAAUCGCGUUUGUCGAAAUGGACGUAUACGUCUAGAUAUCCUACUUUCGGUUUUAAAAGCGGUACCGUUUGAAAAAUAAUAUAUUAUAUGCUAACUAGGCAACAUAUUAAAUUUUAUCUAUGCCAAUUAGAAUAUAACUGGUGGUAACAAGGUACAAAUCCGUCUUUUUGCGCUUUAAAACUUAAAAUUAAUCGCGUUUGUUGAAAUGGACGAAUACGUAUAGAAAUGAUACUUUCGGUUUUAAAUUAAAUAAAUAAAUAAAUUACUUGCUAACUAAGCUAUAGAUUUAAUCACAAUUUUGCACACUUUCAAAUUGCAUCUAUAUGUAUAGAUUAACAUGUAUUUCAUUUCAAGGUGUAUGGCUUUAAGCCUCGUGAAAUAUUAUUGUUUUGGCACAGCAUUGAAAGUCAAUUGACACUAGAGUUCAUGUAUCUCUUCACUCUUGCUUGGAUAAACAUUGAUUAAUUAUUGAAGAUACGUUGAAAAUAUUUAUUCACAAACCUUUUCAUUUCAACGAUUGACGAAUUUAAAUUUGUAAAUAGUUAUUUUGUCCGGUAUUUCAAAAAUCAUAUAUUGGAUUACCUUAGACAUGGAAAAGAUAAAUAUCAAUCGUUAUCUACGCAUAGGUGCUGCACCAGUUUUGAAGUGUAGAUAAAUCCAGAUUUUCGAUAAAAUUGAUUACAUUAUUCUGUGAAAUUAAAUGCAGUUAAUCUGCAUCGAUGACUUCGUGUAGGCACAUGAGUAGGGAUUUACGCAUAUCUGUAUGAACUAUUGUGGGUAUUUUUGUAUUUCGGGUUUUUGCGAAGGUUAAGAAGCAAUCUUUCGGCGGAUCAAAGACAAUAAACGCAAUUAAAUGAUGACGGUGUUCUUGUCAACACCUUAUUGAAAUAAUCCCUGCGCCUUAAUUACCGAAAAAAACUACAUAUGGAUGUGUAAUUGUUUGGUUAUUGUAAACUACAUUUACUAGCAAAUAGCUUAAGUGUGUAUAAGUGGUUGGAAUCGGUUCCCCAAAACCGAGGUGAUUAAUCGGAGACCAUACUCCGUGAUUAAUCGAUUAUUCAGCAUUUUAUACAAAAAAUGAACUUUUUAAUAUUUUUACCGCUUUUUUUGUUGAUAUAAACAUUAUAUUGCUAUAUUUUAUUAAAUAAGAACUUUAUCAUGAAUAUUCCUUAUGUGUUUUGUGAUUUAAUAAUUAAUAAAUGCUACAAAAUCUUG